AUGGUAAUGCCGCGAGACAGUGCUCGUGGAAGAUUACGGUCCCAUGAGGCCUGCCUCAACUGCAGGAGAAAGAAAACCCGAUGCCCGGCCGAGAAACCAUCCUGCUCGAGCUGUGUGCGCCUGAAUCAACCAUGCCUUUAUACAUCGAUAUCGAGAAGCUCAAGGGGUGGACCAUCUGACGAUAGGCUCGCUUUCCUUGAAGAGAAAGUCAACCUCAUUCUCAGCGGCUCUAGGCCAACACAAGACAUUCAACCAGAGAAAGCGCGCGAUGGAGGGAAUGGAGUUUCCGACACAACUUAUUCAACGCGAGCGCCUUCGAAUGAACCUAUUAACAUUGUGAACGACCCGUUCUUCCUCGGCUUUGGCUAUGACGACUCGACUUCCCAACCAUCAUCAUCUGCGAUCGCCAAAGCGAUCGAUCUUUACUUUGAAUAUUGCCAUCGUCAGCCAAUUUGGUGUUUUAAUCGUGACGAGGUCUCCGAUCCAAGCUGUCUUUCGGAAGAGCUUGUCUGUUGCCUUCUGGCGCUGACUUCAAGGUUCUCAAGAGACAGGGAUCAUUUAGAACAUUAUGGCGACAGUGCAAGAAGCUUGAUUAUGCUUCGCAUGGCGAAUGGCACGGUGGAACUGGAGACCAUCGAGAGUCUUUGUCUGCUCGCCUAUUCUUCGUUCUUAGAUGGAAAUAUUCAUCUCGGUCGCUUCCAUCUCGGCCUUGCAUUACAUCUCUGCCGGUCAGCGACGCUGGAUCUGGAAUCGUCAUAUGUCGGCGAAGGUCCUACCACCGAGCGCAAGAAGCGUUUGUUUUGGAGUCUCCAGUGCCUCGAGCAAUCGUACGGGCAGCAAAACGGGUUUCUUUGUGUUCCAUCAGAGAUUCUGCGCGCAUUCUAUGUCUCGUCCAGCAGCGACCGGAGGUUGCAAAGUGAGAGCGAGGCAAAACCUCCACCACUCCCGACCGACGAUCUCGGUUGCUUGACCUCAUCCGAUAUAGGAAUUUGGAGCUUGGCAGUUCACUUCGGCUGGGUCUGGAGCAGAGUACGCACAUACGUUUCCGAUUGUGCGCGGAACAGAUUAAAGGAGCCCUGGAGACAUGACUCGAUGUAUGCCAUGGUGCUCUCCGACCUUACGGAAAUCGAGAACAAACUUUCCCAGUGUCACCGUUACGAUUCAGUCAAAUUCUACGAGCGUACGGCAGAAGAACUGGCAAUGAAUCGAGAUUACUGGGCUCCUUGGCUCAAGUUGCAAUUCACCUAUCAUUGCAUUCUUACCGUUCUCAACCACCCCUUCCUUUACAUCAUCGCAUCACAAUAUGGUUUCGGAGAAAAAAUGCGAUUGAUCGACCCAUUCUUUGGAUACGCCGCUGCCAUUGCAGCUACAGUGCAUCUAUACUAUUGCUGUGCUGCGGAUCCCCGACUCAAAUACAAAUCCAAGGUGGACUUUACAAAAUGCAGAAAGUUCCUCAAAACGUUUGUGAGCUUCUCGUCUGCAUGUGCAGUCUUGGAUCAAACUUUGGACAAGAUGACGCGAAUUGCUUCGGGCUCGGAAGAUGUCGAUUAUGACUGGGAGCCUGAGAAAAUUCAUCUCAGUAUUCCGUUGAUGUGGGAUGUCCUUCAGGUCAACUGUAAACCCAAGCCACAUGAAGUGUCCACAGGCGGCUUGCUACAUCCAUCAUUGACUCCGACAGUUUCAACAGAAGAGGCGGAUGACAGUCCCACCUCCACUCUGGAGGUCAUUGUCGCCAUGUCUCCGAAUGUCACCGUGAACACUGCAGAUGGCGGUCAAGCUGCCCACAUGCCUCCGAAUCUAGCACGCACUUCGACCGCAAAUUAUUCACCAGACUUGGGCAUCGGCGAAAAGCUACUUGCACCAGCUGACAGUCUAAUGACCAACACUCCUUGGCUAUGGGCUGACCCCUCACAAUUUGUUGACCUGGAAAACAGUGUGGGAUACGCAGAUUCAGAAUCGGCCCUCGGCAACAUUGAAGGAUUUUCCACAUGGUGGGACUUUGGAAACUUAUAG